UCUGCCGAAUACUAGGGACCGACAAUACAGUAGGAUAUCUCAGAUAACAAAAAAAUGAAAAUUGAGAUAUUAUUUCAACGCCUAUAAGUAACAUCAAACAUAACCGAUCAAUUUAAAGAUAGGACUUUGUACGUUAAGAUGCGACCAUCGGCGUCGUCCAUCGCUCAGUUUAAUAAAGGGUUGACUUUGAAUCAACUUGCGACUUGUUAUCCACAGCGUUCACCCGUUUGCCUUAUAGCACAUACGCCUAUGUCGCCACAGCUCGGUGUCAGUUAUACCGAGUGCACCGCUAUGGUUGCUCGGAUCAUGGAUUCAAACAUGAAACGGUUAUUAUGAAAAAAUAUUCGAAAAAGUUUUUUUUAUUCAUUAUUUUUUGUUAAACCAUGGAAAUAAAAUGGAAAUGGAUAUUUGAAAAAAGAAUAAUAAUAUAUAUAUUUUUAAUGUUAAAUUACUUUUUCAACAUGUGAAGUGAUUAGUGUUAUGUUAGUGAUUGUUUGUGCACUUUUUAAAAUGGAUUGCCCGUUCCCGCCUUGAUAGAUGGAAGAUGCAAAUAAUCCGAAAGGGAAUAUGUAAAGACAAACGGCAAACAUGGCGAUGGCACUAGAAUUGAUCGAGCCACCACUGCUGGAAGGCGACGAGCGCAGACAUGAAGCGUUAACGGUGAUUCAACAUCUUGAAGACACGCUAGCUAUGACAGGCGAUAAUGUUCUUUUCGAGUGCCGAAUAGCUGCUCCAUACAGCGCCAACUGUGUCUGGUAUAAAGAUGGAUACAUCAUAAGAAACAGACCCAGAUACCGCUGCGUGAGACAUAAAAACUGGUACCGACUUGAAAUAGAAACAGCUCAAGCCACUGACCAAGGAGUAUUCAGCCUUAUAUGCACAAACGAUAUAUCACAGACAUUGACAACGGCAAUGCUGUUUGUUCCGACGGCCAGAUUGAACGAAGUGGCUUAUUAUUCAGUAAAUCCAUAUGACUGUACGAGGAUUGUGCGUCAUUUGUCACCAGUCAUUAUCAAUGUGGGAGAAAAAAUCGAACUUCUACUGCAUAGUGAAACAUACGUACACAUAAAACAUAAUUGGUUCAAAGACAACGUUGAGAUAACAGGAAAUGAAAGAAUCCACAUCGAAAAUAAUAAUUCAGUGGCUAACCUGGUGAUUGAAAUGGCGGAAUUGUGCGAUGCUGGUAUUUACACUCUAGUGAUGAGUACAUCGGAAGGCAUAAUAUCGAGCUAUGCUGCUGUCCACGUGUUAGAAGACAUUGAUAAGUACACCAUCACAAUUCCAACGAUAACAGAACAUUUAAAGAGAGAUUUGGAAGUGAUGGAGAAUCAGUACGUGAAGUUGAUGAGCCGUGGAAUCUACGACUUACAGACGAAAGUCCAGUGGUAUAUGAAUGACGUCCUUCUUGAGGAUAGUCUAGUUUUACAACAAGAUUAUGGAAACGGUUACGUCGCUUUAAAAAUUUUUGACACAUCACCGGAACUUACUGGAAAGUACAGAGUUGUAAUGCGUCAUGAGCAAACAGAAAAGAUUGACGUGUCGGUUUGCAACCUGAGUAUUCGUCGUUCUCUUUUAACUAAGCCGAUCAAUACAGAUGUGGUGGAUCCCUUGGAGUCAGCGGUCGCUUGCUGUGGCUCCAGGGUUGUCUUCAAAUGCACCUUCAGCUGCGACAAUCACAAGAACAUGAAGGUCAUUUGGUUCGUCGGCCGCUACAAAGUGGAGCGUAGCAACAGAAUGUUCAGCGUUUUCCACAAGGGAGGCACAUUCAUGCUACACAUCAAGAGGAUGCACAUCUCUAUGGCUGGGGAAGUGAUCUGCGAAGUCCACGAGUGGCGUCACUCUCCAAAAUACACUCACGUAGCCCAGAGCACCGCAAACCUAACCAUGGUGCCACAAGGCUAUCUCAAAGAAACAAAGGGCGACCGAGCAUCGAGAGUCUUCAUAGAAGGCAGCCAUCUUAGACUGAGCUACCCUGAAGAGGGUAACUUUCAACAAGACGACACCCCGGGAUCAUCGGGUGAGCAGGCUUCUUCUUCGGGAAACGGGCAGGCACCGGGGACCAGCACGGCGCCACCGCAGCAACAGCACAGACCGCAAGAGAUAUGCAGGGCCGUGCCAAUCAAGUUCCAGUUUUGCAAGCUGGAUGAAGACGGACAAUACUACUUCUGUUGGAACCCGAGGGAUGGACAGCGUAUCUACUAUAACCAGCAGAGCAAGAUGACGCUGCGAAAGAGGCGGGAUGUCGGCGUAUUUGAAUGGGUGAACCCAGAAGCUGCGGGGGCAUGGUAUUGCGUGUCGUUCCAGACUGAAGAUGGGGCGUUCAAGGAGCUAGGCAUCACAGAAACCCCGAUACUGGAAAUUGAAGGUCCACCUUUGGAGACGCUGCUCAUCUUCAACAUCGCACCAAUACUACCAGUUCGGAGCGUUCAUCGACCACUGACUUGCUUCAGAUUGGAUACUGAGAUGGAGUUGAGCAUACCACCGGAACGAAGAGUGCGGUUGUACGAAAAAUUCGAAACCUGGUAUACCAAGCGAAACGAGCUAAUUGGUGGAGGGGCGUUUGGAAAAGUAGCUCUUAUUGAGGAUGACUACGGCGAAAGUUUCGCUGCCAAGGUUAUCAGAGUCCAAGACAAGAAUAAGAUAGGCUACGUAUUGCGCGAAUUCUUCACAUUAAGAAAAUUAGUGAACCACAACGUCGUUGGUGUGGUCGACGCCUAUACCGCCACCCAAUUCGUCGUUAUCGUCAUGGAUUACUUAUGGGGUGGCGAAUUAUUAGACAGAAUAGUACGAGACAAACAUAUCAAUGAAGCUGAUUUACCGCCGGUCGUGAAACAAAUCUGUAAUGGCCUGGCGUUCAUCCAUUCACAGAAUAUAGUCCAUCUCGACCUGAAGCCUGAAAACCUCGUGUUCGCCCACCCUAACUCCCUGGUGGUGAAGCUGGUCGACUUCGGACUUUCUCGAGUACUCCAUGAAGGCUCUAAGAUCAAAGCAGUAUACGGAACCCGGGAAUACGUCGCCCCUGAGAUCCUGACCUUUGAGCCUGUGAACCUUAACUCGGACAUGUGGAGCCUUGGCGUAAUAGUCUAUAUGAUCCUCUCGGGUUCAUUGCCCUUCAAUGGUGAUACUGAGGCGGAGCUGACUUCAAAAGUCAUCUCCGCUCAAUAUCACUAUGAGAAUCCGGCAUUUAGAACUGUGUCGGAUCUCGUCAAAGAUUUCAUUGACCAUCUCUUAGUGGUAAACCCGCGGAGGCGAUUCAAGGCCGAAAAUGCACUUAAACAUCCCUGGAUUGUCUAUGGACCCCCCAAAGGGUCCACAACGGGCGCGUUGAAAAUAGCCCGAGCAAAACUAAAAGUCUACAUGAGGAUACGCCAGAUGAAGUGGCAGGUGAGAUACCCUUUUCUACAACCCAGGGGACACAGGUUACUCAGGGGUGCCAGGGUACAGCGUAAUUAAGUGCGGAAGAUUUAAUAUUGAUUUACACAAUGGGGUUUACUUCUAGAUAUUUUUUUAUUUAUUUCCAUACUAUAUUGUAUUAUAUUUUAGGAGAGUCUGUUUGGGGAUGAUAGUCGAUCAUGGGUACGUUCCUCAUUCUGAAAACCCCAGCGUGGGAGCAAGACAUAUCCGACUAAUACAACAGCUCCUAAAUCCACGGGAUCGAUUGAGGUCGUUCUAACACAAACAACAAUAAGUCGGGAUUAUAUAAUUACUUAUCAUCCCACAGUCACGGUUCUUUAUAUUGGUAUCAGUUUCUUCUUUACAUAGUUUGACUCCGCUAGCUCUUUUUCGUGCAUGAAAUUCUGUCUCUAAUUAAAGGGUAAGAUUUUCCCAAUAUAUAUUCGUGGAAAUAAAUAUAACUCCUCAGUCCUCAGUCCUCAGAGGUAAUCGAAACAUCUUAAAGCUUAAAACUAAAUAAACUAAAUCGUGUCCUUAUUGAAUAAAAUGUAUAAAUUAAUGAUUUAAACCGAUUAAAUGUGUAAUUCAAAGGGUCUUUAAAUGUAAUACAACUAUCUCAUGAUUAAAUAAGAUUUAUAAAAUUAAACACCAUAACUUAAGUAAAUAAUUAAAUUUAUUAUGAAAUAAAAUUAUUUUUUUAAAACGAAAUAAUUGCCUCAUGAUAUAUUAUUUAUAUAUAUUUUGAAAUAAGCAUUUUAAUACGUAUUUUUCCAACAUCUAUUAGAAUGUAAUUAAAUACUUGUAAUUAAAUAUUUUAGCCAGUAUUUGUCGAGAGAUAAACUCAGCAAUAAGGUCGCCCCUUCUGAAAGAAGGAUCGGACCACAAACCAAUUUGAGAAUAGCCAUCGUAAUAUGAAAUAGCUCAUGAUGGGAAUAAAGAAUAUUUUACAUCUCAUGCAAUUUCGUUCGUUCAAUGAAGCAAGUAACUCGAUCACCUAAACAACACCAGUGAUACUUCAUAAUGUCCUAUAUGUCUCAGUAACUUUUUCCGGUUUCAUAUUAUAUAUUGUACUUAUAUCCUAUUAAUAUGUAAGACAAGGAAUAUAUUGUUAUUAAGGGAGUCUUCAAAAUCUAUGUCUUCGAGAUAGGUGUGAGUACAUUAAAGUUAAACGCUAAGUUAUUCUCCUAUUGCCUGAAAUUUGGAAGUUGAUUUCCCUUUUGUGUCUCGUUUAUUCUUUUUUCGAUGCUAUGUUCAAUAUAUGAGUAUUCAUAGCAAACAUAAGUUUGUCUUGAGCAAAGAUACCGAUAAUUUUUCCUCGAAUAAAUUUUCCUUCCUCCAAAUACGUGGCAUAGAUAAGACGAAAUGUGAAGUGCGAAUUAUGCUCUUAUGGUAAAAACUUCGGUUUUUUAAGUCCAUGUUACUUUAAUCCAUACGGGUAGUAAUAUAAAAUAAAAAACAUCUUUCUUGACACAGUUGUGUGCCAAUCUCUGGAACUAUAAAUGCUCAGUCACACUAUCGACGGCUAAAUUGCAAGCUUUGCUUUAUAACAUAUUUACUUUAGGUAAUUGUUAUAGUAAUCUAGACACGUGCAAAGCUAAAAUGCCUAAUUGGCGAGGUGCUAGCUUAUUCUAUACUGGACGUCUAGGUAAGUUUUUUCAAACACCAGAGUCCGUAAUUAGAAGAUCACUAUCAACCCCCUAAGUUGAAAAACUGUGAGUUUAUGAUCUAGUUUAUUCUAGGUCGACAUAUCCUCACUCUUGUACACUUAUGCUAUAUCCGAUGGAUUUAGCGUAGAGUCUGCAAGACCUCGUAGACGUAUUACCCUAUUUAUGAAUAGGGGGUCUUACGUCCAACUAGAGACCCACUAGGGUUAACGGUAUCUCUCGUAUACAUUGUUAGGAGCAUAUAAGUGAUUUUCAAGAAUACUUUCUGCCACACCGAACUCUAUAAAAAAAUAAAAUUUGAAGUGGUAGAGCCAUGCUGUAGAUUUUGUCUACGGCACGAAUGGGCCGGCUCGACCGGGGUGGUACCACUGUCUCACAGAAGAUCGGCGUGAAGUGACAGUUAAGCUGUCGCGUUUCGUUCGGUAAGUGAGAAUUCCGGGGGCCCAAUCCCUCCCUGUUCCCAUCCCUCCCUGUUCUCAAUCCCAUCCCUGUUCGCAAUCCCGUCUCCGUUCCCAACCUUCUCCUUGUUUCCUAACCCCUUUCCUGUGGGAACAGGGAUUGGGAAAUCCCUUCUUUGUUUCCAAACUUUUCCCUGUUCCCAAUACCUCCCCUGUUCCAAAUUUCUUCCAAUUCCCAAUCUCUUCCCUGUUUCCAAAACUCACCCUGUUUCCAAGCACUUCCCUGUGUCCGAUCUUCUCCCUGUUAUUUAUUUUUAAGGAUUGGAAACAGACAACGCCCUGUUUUCAAACCCUACUGCUAAAAACUCGGCCUACUCACUUUCAACAAAGGUGAGGAUCAUCUCCCACCAACAUAUUUAGCCGACUUUCUCUAAACUUAAACCCUUCUUUUAAAAAUAAAAAUGAUGAUAACAGCGUGUUUAAUGGAUAUUAUAAUCUCUAAAAUAUUGUCUUUGUGUCGUAGAAAUUAGGUUAUUUUGAUGUAACUUAAAGUUGGUCUUCAAGCUCUCUUAGAUGCUCGGUGUACAUUUAAUAUUUGUUUUAUUUACGAGCUGGUAAUAAAGUCCCUGGCAGGAACCCGUUGCUACUAUGUUGGCUUCGUUAUAUUACUUUGUUGUUUCUCUUAAACAUUGUAAUAACCAGUCAUAGUUUCACAUACAGAAAUAGUUUUGUGCAUAUUUCUUCUGUCGGCAAAUUGUGUCCAUCCACCGGUCUCUUUAUUCAUCUUUUUGUCGGUGUGUGAGUCUCAUGUCAUUAAACUAAAAUUGUGAUGUACUUUUACAUCGGGAGUUUGCCAUGAGACUUAAGUCAGGGAAUGUAUUACCACCUCUUCUUAAGUUUUUUCUCCCGCCGCGUGGUUUUCGGUCGUAAAAUAUUUACCACCCUCUAAUCGAGGUUCUUUGACGACUAAUGCCAUCAGCUUUGAUGCCUAGUCGUCACUACAAGAAGGAAAACUUGAAACCCGGCUAGGGCGCCGUUAUGCACAUCCCUAUUUAAUCCUACGUACAGUGAUUAAGUACGUGUUCUAGCUAAUACUAUACAAUUACCUUCUUCUAAUUUCUUUUCACUGAAUACCAUCAGCACGAUAAAGGACUCGUUAUUUCCAACGUACUUCGAUGAGAUUCUUAAACAAUCUUAUUUGGGUAAGGUAAUGUAACGUGUCAUCUGGUUUGAAUCCAACAUGAAUAGAAGCCUUUUAUAGGAGUUUAAUGCUGGCUCAAGUUUGCCGACUGAAACGAGGUUACGCAUUGGUUAUCUGAGUGACCGAGCAUUAAGCUCGUACUUAGUCACUGGUUGCUUGUAAAUGGGGGAUAGAAGUGAAGGAGAGUUAGUCAAGCAAAUCAUCUUCAGACUGCUCUUUGCGUCGGUUAGCAGGGUUAGAAACGAGUGACUGGAGUGAUCUAUGUGCUAGUUACUUUGCAGGCAAUAGCCUAAUAGUGUGUAGCACUCUAUCAGGCGUAAUUCCUUAACAGGGGUGGUGGAAAACUCAAUGGGUGCCACUAAAUUGUCUUUCAAGGAUCAAAUUAUUUCAUUUAAGAUGUUAAUAAAGAACUUAUUUCUAUAUUAUAAAUAUUUCUACAAUCGCUUGCAGCAAGCCGUCGAAGUUACUAAUCGCACUUCAUGUAAUCACUAGUUAAGAUUCUUCGGUGUUUGUGUGUAACAGUUUCCCGCAACUUAAAUGACGCCUGAGAUUUCGAAAUUUUCCAAAAUUUUACCAAGAGCCUAGCGAAUGGUACUUUGGUUUCACAUCCUACUGUCUAAUACGUAGUUUCCUAUUUACUGCUCAAACUAUGCACUUUCGUAUUUCAAGUGGUAACCAAAGACAGCCCAGAAGCCAAGAUAGUUGCGGGGCAAUAAUUGUAAGACUGUCUGUUGCUUUUAGCUAUAUAUAUAUAAUUAAAGUUGGCAAGCGGAUAAAGAAAUAAUUUUUUUGAAAAUUUGUCCACAGGAAAAAGCAAGAUACUUUAGAUAUUUUUGGACAUUUUAAAUAUCAAGAUUUUCUAAUUGGCAUCAUGAGAUAUCAGUCAUAAUAUAUAGGCAACAACCUACUUUUUUGAGCCCUAUAGUGGUACUUUAAACAUAAACGUAAAAGAAUACAGUAUGGCCGCCGCUUUGCCAACUCGUAUUUUGAUAAAUAAUCUCAACUUACAAUGUAUUCUGUCUGUCUAACUGGAAUCAAUGUUUGGCCUAUAUUGUAAACCUAGCGUGUAAGCAUUUUAAUACAUAUUUCUUUAUUAAAUGUUUAAAAAAUCUUGAUGUUUGUGAUCCCUUCCGAUGUAUAGAAGGUUGAUGUAGAUUUCUGUAAACCUGAAAUUUCAAUAAAUGUUAUACGUCAA